AUGUUCCGACUACCAGAACUCACAAUCCUACCGGAACUUGCUGAACGAUCCUAUGCUGCAAAGGUAUCCGAAAAGAUGGUUACUGAAGAUACCGUCAUACCAGCAGCGGCCGUGAACGCUAACGAUGACCUGUGUGGAGAGCUGCCAUCGCCUCAAGCGUCAGCUUCGACUAGGGGAAAACGUGUAUCGCUCGCGUGUCAAAGUUGCAGGUCUAGAAAGACCAAGACUGAAGCAAGGGAUGUCGGCAAUAUUGAUUCCGACACAGCUGUUGACAUCUCUGAACAAGAAGUUAGUGAGGAGGUUCGUGCCGCAGAGGUCUUCCAGGAUCGGCACGCAUCGGAGUUUGGACACUUCGAAACAACCGAAGACUGGAGUGAGAUCAACACAUCAAGAGUAAACCCAACAAGCAACCUGAAGCACAACUCUGAGGAAACAUUACCAACCAUUUCAGAGUCCUUCUCAAUGCUUGACCGCUUCAUAGCAACUAGCGCAGGAGCCUUUCCUUUCGUCAGCAAAGCGACUCUAACAGCACCUCUCAAGGAACUGGCCUUUGGAUCUCGCAAGCCAGGAUGGACUACAAAGCGAGCACUUGUCAACAUUAUGUUUGCACAUUCGUGUCUGGCAAUUGAAGAUCCCAAGUGUGAUGUGUAUUUCCAGCGGACCAUACAAUAUCUGACCCCUGAAACUCUCCGAGGCGCAAGUUUGGAACUCAUCCAAUCGUUACUGCUCGUUACGAGCUAUCAACAGCAGCAGCAGAUGCCUGUCAGUAGUGGAACGUACCAUGCCCUGACGGUAAAAGCCGCAUUUCAGCUCGGUCUGCAUUGUCCUUCCAGCUACAAAGAUCUUUCGCCAUCAGACUCUGAGUUGAGAAAGAGACUAUGGUACAGUUUGAUCAAUCAGGAUAGGUAUUCCCUCAUCAAUCUGAUUUUCCCCAACUAG